AUGGAAGAAAAUUUAUUGAAUGAACUGGAAAAUUUCACAUCUAUCAAAUACCUGGAUGACGUUACCAAUAACAAUUGUUGCAAUGAUGAUGAUCAGGAUAAUUCGCUAGCUCAUCAAUUGGCGAUUAAAGAUCGACAAUUGAUCUUAGCAGCCAAAUGCGGAAAAGCUUUACUAGAAGAAAAAGAUGAACUUGAGCGACAAAUAGAACUGAUGAACAGAGACUAUCAACAACGAAUUGAUUUACUUGAACAAGAACGACAUGAAUUACGUUUACUUCUUGAACAAGUCCAAAGUGAAUGUGAUACAAAGGUAGUUGAAACGAACGAAGAUAAAUGUGAAUUACGUCGUCAGUUAAAUGAUCUACGUCGUGAACAACGAAUGCAUGAUGAACAGCAAACACAAGCAAUACGCGAAUUAACAGAAAUCAAUCACAAACUUUCACAAGAUUUUCAAGUCGGUUGUACAAAUGAAUCAAGAUUACAAGAACAAUUAAGAUUAUUACGACAACAAGCUGAUACUGCAAGUCAAACAAAUACCGAGCAGACACAAGACUUAUCAAAAAUAAAACAACAGUUCGAUAAUCUCCAUUGUCAAUACUUGCAACUUGAACUUGAUCAUCACUUACUACUCGAAGAGCAUGACACAUUAACACAUAAACUGGAUGAAUGCCAACGAAAAUGUAUUAUAAUUGAAGAUGAAUGUCGUUCAUUACAAGAUAUUAAAUUUCAUAAUGAAAAAGAAUUAAAUGAUGCACACGAAUUAAUUCACCGUUUAUCACAGUGUAAUCCGGAAAAUCGUGUACCAACAUCGUUUAUGCAAGAGCUACAAGAUGAUUUUGGCGUAUGUCCUAAUAGUAAUGCUCCGUUCAAUUCAACUGUUAUCGAUGAUGAUCAUGAUGAUAGCACUGAAGAACAUGAAGAUUGCCAUAUGGAUGAGGAUGAUCAUGAUCAUGUCGUUGAAAUAGCUCAAACACAAACUAAUGCAUCUAUCAAUGAAAAAUGUCUUCUAGAUGAAUUUCUGCAAACAGAAGAAUUUAAACGUGAAAUUGUUCUUGUGUAUAAACAAUUACGGUCUCUUUGCUUGGAACUAAUUUAUAUUCAUACACACACAUACUCGAGUAAUCUCUCAACAUCAUCAUCAAUCAGUGAUACAGUUGAUAAAGUAUAUGAUCGUUUGAAAAAUGGUUGUCUAAUCAGUAUAUUAUUUGAAUUGAAGAAUUUAAUAAGAGACAUGAUUGAACAUGAAGAUAUGAUUGUAUGUAAAAAUGAAAAUAAUACUUUACCAAAUACAAAUACAAUAAUACCCUCGCCAUCCAUGGCAACAAUAAAUAGUUAUGCAUCAGCUUUUGAUGAUGUUAAUCUAUUCAUUUUGUCCUCUAGCCCAAAAUUUCGUGGUGAACAAGGAAUUGAAUUUAUUAUAGCAUCACCUAAACAAAGAUCUGUAAAUACAGAUAUUGAACGUGAUGAACGGUUACCAACUAUAUGUUUUCUGUCUCAAUCAUCAUCCAAUGUUCGACGCAUAAAUAAUGGAAAUUUUAAUAAUCCAAAAUUUUCAUUGGACGAACAAGAUGCGAUUUAUACGAAAGCAAGUCACGACAAAGAACAAUGGUUUACAAGAUGGGCAGCACAAAACAAUUAA